UCAGAUACGAACCAUACGACCUUGAUACGAUCAUAUCAUAGAUGAUACAAUUCGUGUCAACGGUAAGAAGCAAUGUUAUUAAAGUCGAACCGAGUCGUUCGGUUGGAUCGGUAAAACUGGUACUCGGCCAACAGCUCGGUCGGGAACACCCAAAAAGUCGGAAUGGUCAGGAAGAGUGGUCGCCGAGCGGGCAAAAUGAUUAGCCAUUUGACCCACUCGAACCAUUCGACUGGUUUUUUACUUCUGUCCGACUUCCUCUGUCGUCUCUCUCAAUUACUCCUUCAGACUUUCUAGGCCUCAUCACUGUUGGUGACACCUCCACACCCAACACGCUGUCGGCGACCCCUCCACACCCAUCAUGCUGUCAACGACACCACUUCAACGACCUCUGCCCACUGCAACUUCCUCCUUUUCUCUCGCCAACACCGGCAACUUUGCCGCUUCUCUUCAUUCUGUCGCCUGCUCCUUUUCAGCUGUUAUUUGGUUUGGCUCCGACGUUCUUUUGCUUCUUGCCGGUGAGAUGAAAAAGGUAGAUCAACGAUUAAAGAAGAUGACGAAGGAAAAGAAGACGAAUGGGAUCCGGGAGGAGAGCGGCGAGGAAACGAAACGGAAAAGAAAAGAAAGGGAAAGAGAUAAUGGGGAGGAAGAUAGGAAUUGAUAGAGAUUAGUGGGCGACGCUAAACUAGAAUGGGUGGGGUAGGGUUCUUUCCUUGUAGAUUAGGGAGGAUUUCAAAUAUAUAUUGUAAAAUUACAAAGUGAUACUUUCAAAUGAAAUUUUAUUUUAGUA